CGGAUGCUACGACAAGGUGCGUCUUAGUCAGAGCAUUCUUGUUGAAACCCUAGACUGGUAUAUUUAUGGAGAUAUCUAUUCAAAUGAAUACGACCAUCCUGGACCAAUAAGAUAUUCGAUAAAGAACAGAGAUAACGUGAGAAUAUUUAGAAAGGAUAUAGCGAAUGCCAAGUAGGAAUUAGAAGUUAUGUAUGCGGCUCAUAAUUGGGCGGUGUUUGAGGAUCGUGAGAUGUCUUGGCAUAGAACAAUCGUGUUCUAGACUUAGUUCGGAACUGGUUAUAAGCCGGUAUUACCGUACCGAAUGCCAAAGCGUAGGGCUGAAUUACUCUUCCUAAAGCGUCACAAAUAUCUGUGAUUCACCACACCACCACAUAGAGAGGUUAAAAGAUACACGAGAGUUUUACAAGCCAACAGUAUAAGAAGAGUCUUCUACUCAGGCACGAUGUCAACACAUACCGCAUCACCGUUGAGAUCAUUGAUCCUAGUUGAAGGCAUCAUGAAGCUCGCAGGGGGCUUGGUGUUCAUAAUCUCACCCCAAACCCCAUUGUCCGUCGCGGUAGCAGCGCCCAUUCCGCCCUCAGCUCUACUACUAAGCCGACUCCUAGGCACCCAGACUUUUACGCUAGGGAUAUCUAUGCUUCUCGCAUCUGCGAAAACACCAAAGGCCGCGGCGAGUAGACGGAUAGUUUAUUGGACCGUAUUCGCGAGAGAUGCUACUUUGGUGACGGUACUCGCGUUACAACUUUGGUUCGGGGACAACACUGACGUUCUGGGUUUCUCGCCAAAAGGACUACGCUCAUGGCUCGCGGAGCUGAUUCCCUUCUGCUUAGGCCACUUGUGGAUUCUGACAACAAAACCCCAUUGGUUUUAAUAAGCAUAAGCAGCCACAUGGUGUAGUCGAUACUACGUACUGUAUUAUACACGAAUCUGGGUCUGCAUUUGACGGAAAUCGUAUUGAUCACUACAAAAUCAUUGGACAUACUUCAUCGCCACUCAAAUGUGGCUUGUGGAAGACUCUACUUUUUCAAUUGCAGUGCUCGGAAGCAUCGUUGCCAGUCUAAAGCGAAAAUACUUCGGACAAUAUUAGACUCUAGAAAUAAAACACGACAAAACUAAGACGAAAGGGUAUAUUAUAUAUCGAUAUCAACAAAAAGACCUCACCACCCACCACCCCUGAA